CCACAAGUUCAGUUGUAAGCUGAUGAGCUGAGAGGGUAUUUCCCACCCAAGAGCUUUCCUGCUGGUCGCUGGCGGUAGUUGCUUCAUACACACAACAACAAACGAGUGGAGUGGAACAGUUCGUUAGAUUCGUUGCAGUACGGUGCACCGCUUUCGUCGCGUUAGUGAUUGUGUUUCUUUGUGUCUAGUUUGGGAAAAGCUUGUGUGAGCUUUCGCGGAUAAUCAGGGAAUGAAUAAUUGAGCCGCCUCCAACAUGGAAGCCGAGUCGCCGCCUCUCCACUCGGUCGAAGAUUCGGUCACCACGAGACUCAACAGCAGCGAGGAGGCUGACAGCACGAUCCACGGGUUUAACGUAGUGUCGAACGUCACCGUCAUCGAGAAGUCGCCGGAGAUUCACUUGUUUGAGGGUAGCGACAGCGGGGUGGAAGUGGUGGAACUCAACGACUCCGCUUUCUACCAGCGUGCUUUGAGUUCGAAUAGUGCCAACGAGUUUGAUACGAUCGCGAGAUCGUGCGACUCUUCCAUCAUCAGCGGGUGUUUCGACGACGCUUACAACCUUCUGGUGAGGAGGAACUCGACUUUGUUGGAGGACUACACGGGGAGGAACUGCGAUGGGACGAGCGAAAACGGGAGCGAGAGUUCUUCGGUGACGGGAAGCUCUUGCUCGAGGAACUCCAAGCGGGUGAUCAACGCUAAGAAGAAAGUGAACGUGCAGGAGAAGACGGUGACGAAGGAGAGGUCGAGGUCGAAGCCGCCGAUACCCAGAAGGUGCGACAACCCAGCUAGACUUAAAUCUAUCGAUAGAUUGCAAGGGAAAACUCCGAAGAAAUCGACGCCGGGUAGUUUAGACUUGACGAAGAAGGAACCGAAGAGACCGUCGUCGGCUAGGGCGGUGAAAACCCCGUGCGUCACGCCGACGGACGACGGCAGAUGGCCCUCCAUCAAUAGCAAACCGGCUCCGUUGAUGUCGCGCUCUCUACGAGGCAUUUUAGACGCGCCCAAGCUCAGACAAAUGGACACGAAAACCAUAGAAAAGUACGCCACUCUUCCUCGGAGGAGAAAAGAUAAAUUGAACGAAGAAACCAAGAAAGAGCCCAUUCGCAUCGUGAAAAAACCAGGGUCUAAAGAAACAACACCGUCCAAGAACACCUUGUUGAAAAAGAAACAAAAAAUCAAAAUCUACCACGAGACCAUGGUCCAAACCGCUCUGACCGUGAGCGACGUCGACAAGGCCUUCGCCGGGCUGAACGUGACGCCGCUGGCGCCUACGGACGUCGAAAAAUGUGAUAAAAACGAGCAGGUCGAUAUGAGCAUAAAGGAUAUCGAGACGCUGCAAGCACAAAUUAAAGACUUGAGGGACAAGUACGAGGCGCUCCAGAAAGAGCACAAAACACAAGGCGAGAAACUGGUCGAAACCGAAGGGAAACUGCGCCAGGAGACAGUCGAAAAAGAGGGGCUACAAGAAGAACUGAAGAACAAUUCGCAGAGGGUUCUGGCGAUUUUAGGAGAGAACAAUCCCAGUGAUGAUGAAAACGUUUCUAGCGAUAGCUUAAUGGUACUAGAAUCGCGUUUCCAAAACGUCAGCCAGGUUGUGAUCCGCCAAGAGGAAGAGAUUUCCAAGUUAAACUCGUGCUGCCGAUCCCUCCAAAUAGACCUAGAGAAGAGUUUAGCCUCGCAAAAAAUCCUCGUUCAACAGCAGCAGGAGCUGGAAGCCGAAAGCAUAGAGCUGCAGGAGUUCAUGCAGGCCGAGAAAACCACGUUAUCGGACGCACUCAAAGAAGCCGAGAACGAGAUGACGAGAUGCCAGAAGCAGUUAACGAAAAAGGACAAAGAACUGCAGGAGAAACAUGACGAAUGUAAACGAAUGACAAAACUGAGCGAACAGAGAUGGCAAGAGAACUUGAGUUUACAGGCAAGAAUGGGCGCUUUGGAAGCGAAAUGUCGGGAAUUGUUGGUGCAGCAAGGGAGUUCUGUGUCUGGAACGGCAGUCGCGCUGUCGGCUUUGAUUGGAAGAUUAGAAGGAUUGGUAGAUGAGUUGGUUACGUCGUACAGCAUUUCGGACCAGGAGCUGGAGGACGUGAUUUUCCAUAACGAAGCGUACAGUAAUAGCAGUAGUAGUCCGGAUGCCACUCCUGAAAAGUGUAGGAAGUUCCUGGGGGACAAGACGCCGUCGCCUAAGAAAGGUUCGUCGUUUGUUUCCGCCGUCAUCAACGCCAUAAAGAACGCAGCGGCGCAGAGUCCUUUUGCGGGUCACAAGGACGUCAGUAAAGAAAACAUAUGUGCCGACAACUCGAGUCCGAACGAGCUCUUGGACUCCGAAACCGAACCGUGCCUCAUGAUGGAGCACGUCCUGGAGGACGUCGUCAUCCCCGACGGUUACACCCACAACAUGAUUUCCUCCUGCCACAGUAUCCUGAGCUCCCAAAGCGACAGCUUCCUCGACAUGUCCCGAAGCAGCUACUCCACCGACAUGCCUUCUCUCUGCGAAAUCUUCCCGUCGUUCUCCCUCGUCGACCAAGUCAUCGAAGUCGACAACUUGGUCACCCGGUUACUAAAAGUCAUCCGAAUCAUCCAACUCGAGAACGACGACUGCAUGAACGAGCUCCAGGAGCAGCGCGACCGCCUCUCCGAACAAGUCGACAAACAAAAAGAAACCAACAAACUCGUCGGCAAACAAUUAAAAGACUGGGAAAUCCUCGGCGCGAGAUUGAAAACCGAAGUGAAGGAACUCAUGCAUCAACUAAGCAAAAAGAAUAACGAAAUCGACAGCAUAAAAACGGAAUUAAACAAACAGAGAGACGAAGUAGAGAAGCUGAACCAGGACGUCUGCGAGUUGUCCACGGCGCUGGCCAAAGCGGAGCUGGAGAUGAAGAUGAAGGACGAAGAAGCGGCGGAAGCGAUGAAGAAGUGGGAGGAGAGCGGCGAGGCGCCGACGCCUGAAGUGAUGGCGAGGCUUAACGCGGCCCACAAAGAAGUUCCUCAACUGAAGGAGAAGCUCGCCCAAAAAGAACGACACUUGGACGAGUUGACUCAAGAAUUUUUAGCUAGUAGACAAGUUUUGACUGAGAGCUUGAAGGAAGCUGUUAACGAGGCGAAAAGGCAGUACGAAGCCAUCGACAAUGCGUUGGAGGUCCUUCACAACAAUCAAAACGUAGUCCAACAGUGUGUACCUUUAGCGGAGCUCCAGAGAGAACUGGAGAAUACCAAUUUUCAUAGCGCGUCUGUGAUGCCGUUGGCGGCUCCGGCGGCCGACUGCAACGCAAACGCGGCCCUCUUACAAGCAAUUGCAAGUUUACAAAUUAACACCACUGCCUAAAUUGUGAAAUUCGCAUAGUGAUAUGAUGAUGGCCAUGUUUUUCGAUUUUGUGUAUAUUUUGUUUUGUAUAUGUUUUAAGAGUUUUAAAAGGUUGAUCGAUGGUUUCAAGUUCAAGGCAAACCGGAACGGUCGGAGCAACCACUUUUUCGCAAAAUUCGGCUUUUUGGGAUAAAAGAAGUGACGAUCGUUGCGGCUUUAGUUUAUUUAUAACUACGGUUUGACCGACGAGAUUUGACCAUUUUUUACGAGUUUUUGUUUGAAAUCGAUGGUUUUGAUAAAUCCAUAUUUUUAGAAUGUAAUAUUAUGCCACUGUAAAUAAAUUAAUAAAUUACCUACUAAGA